GCAGGCUUGCUGUGAUGGGUAAAUAAGUCGUCUGUGUUAAGCAGUGGAUCCAGGGGUAACUGGAGGUGUUUAUCCCUGCCCUCCCUCCAGGAAGAACUGCCUGCCACACACAAAUGCACCUCUUCUUCGUCCCAGCUUCCAGUACUUUCUCCCCUCAACCCGGAGUUCCUGAUCAGAAUGGCUCCAGGCUGUGACAUCACAGAGCCCCCACCCCUGUCACAGGAGGAGAGGAGUCAUGAGGCUGUGGCUAUGGGCUUGGGUGUGGGUGUGGCUGCUGGGGCUGGGGGCCAUAGAAACAGCACCCAGCCCACAGAGGGCCAACACCUUGACCCGGGGAGCAGAGUCUGUGCUCUUCCUGGACAGACCUGACUUCUUUGAUUACCCGGACUCAGACCAAGCCAGGCUCCUGGCCGUGGCCCGGUUUAUUGGAGAGAAACCCGUCAUCUUUGUUAACUCAGGAUACAACUCUGAGUUCUUCUAUCACAUCCUAGUGGGUGCUCUGGUAGUGGCCUUCCUCUUCCUCCUUUUCCAGUUCUGCACACACAUGUAAGCACCCCCCCCCCAGCCCCUACCGGCCUCCCGCCCCACCCCAGCUUUCCUUGGGAGAGGCUGAAGGACCCCAAAGCCUAGGGAGGCAGGGCGUGGCCUCCCACUUCUGACCUCAUACCCCAUAGGAGCUGCCAAAAAGGGGCCUAAGGAGCCGGACAAGGGCCUUGCACUCUGCCCUGAGUGCCCAAACCUGCCCUCCUUUCCCGCUGAUGAAUAAAAGUCUGCUUUUUUCUUCCCUGACUGCUCGGUAGCCAUCCAGGGGGUCCUGCCCCGUCCUGUGGUCAUCUGUGCUUUCUGUCCCCAGACCCCCCCCCACCCUUCCCAGCACCAAAGAACUGGGUGAAGAGGGCCUUGGUGGCGUUCACGCAGAUCGUCUUUAUUAGCGGUCUGUAAAGCACCUCCCAGGGUCCCCUGACCCCAGACUGGAGGAAGCCUUGAGAGGUCUGUAGCACCAGGGACAUGCCAGGGCCCGAGGGCAAGAUGUGCAGCCUAAUGGGGAAGGGACUGGGUGCCCCUCGCCCGCCCCCGGGGUUGCUCAGCACUGGGAAGGUUGGGGGGUAGCAGCCACCUCCCUCCCCCCAUCCCUACAAACUAGUAUGAAUUUGGGCAAAUAAAUAAAAUAAAUAAGAUUCCUUAGGCUGGCCUUCCCUAGGGAGGAGCAGUGGAGGCAGCUAGCCCCAAGCGAGGCCUGGGGUGGGGGUGGGGGGGAUAGUUAGGGUGUCCCCUCCCUCCCAGAUGGUGGGGAACCGAGAGGAGUCUGCAGCAGGGGGGCUGGGAUGGCCUUGACAGCAGGGCCUCCCCCACAUUCUCCGAGUCCUGGUCCCCUUGAGUCAGUCUCCCCACGGCCCUCUAGCCCUCAGUGGAUAGGAAGUGAUGCCCCCUUCCUCUGGUCCUUUGCUCCCCCCAGAGCCCCAGGGUUGGUGACGGGAGAAGGGGGGCCGCGCAGGAAGGGGCUUGCUACCCUCAGCUCAGGCACUGCUGGGAGAAGAGGUUCCCCCUCCCUGCCUUCCUUUUCACCUGGUCCCUGACCCUCUGCCCCUGAGGGCAGAUGUCCCGCCCCUCGGCCCCUUCAGAGUCCAUCUGUCAGUCCCCGGGCUGUCAGGGCAAGAGGCCCCUGGCUCCCACCCCCUGCCCAGCGGCCCCAG